AUUUAGCUGAUUAUUAUUUUAACAUCAAAACCAAAUUUCUUGCAAUUGAAGGUACCCACUACUUGUUUCUUCUUCAUCAAUCAAACCCCACUUCUCCUUUUCAUUUCUCUUCCGUUUCCCCCCCAAACCCAGACUCGGAAUCGAGUCUCUGCUGCUGGGGAAUUAGUGAUGGGAUGUGAGAGCAAUUCGGGGAUCGUCAAAACAGGGACCACGGCGGCCACGGCGCUGGCUCCGGGGUUUCGAUUUCACCCGACGGACGAGGAGCUUGUCAGCUACUACCUGAAGAGGAAGAUUUUGGAUAAACCCGUGAGGUUUAAUGCCAUUGGUGAUGUCGAUAUCUACGGGCACGAGCCUUGGAACCUCUCAGAGUUUUCAAGAUUGAAAACUCGAGACCAAGAGUGGUAUUUCUUUUGUAUGUUGGAUAAGAAGUAUGUGAAUGGAGCAAGAAUGAAUAGAGCCACAGGCAACGGAUACUGGAAGGCCACAGGGAAGGACAGGGAAGUCCGUCGUGACUCACAGCUUCUUGGGAUGAAGAAGACGCUUGUGUUUCAUAGUGGUAGAGCUCCAGAUGGGUUGAGGACCAAUUGGGUCAUGCAUGAGUACAGGCUGGUUGAGGAAGAAUUGGAUAAAAUUGGGGCUUUGCAGGUGGAGAAGUCCUAUGUGUUGUGUAGGGUGUUUCAUAAGAAUAAUAUAGGACCGCCAACUGCAAACCGAUAUGCACCUUUUAUGGAGGAGGAAUGGGAUGAUGAUGCUUCAGCAGCUUUGAUUCCGGGAGUAGAUGGUGGUGAUGAUGCUGCAGCUGGCAAUGAUGGGUUGGUUGUUAAUAAUGCAAUGGAAAGCAAUGGUAUCGAAAGGAAUGGUGUAGUUGAGCAGGACAUUCAAAUUGUGGAAAAGACUCGAUCAUUGCAGGAUAUUAACUCUGUUGACAAUGAUCCUCCAAAUAUUGAUGAAAGAUCAGAUGAUUGUCCAAGGGAGUCAAGGACCAUGUUACCCGCAUGCAAGAUUGAAAGAUCAAAUGAUUGUCCUCAACCUCCAUUGUGUGUGCUGAACAAAGAAGCACCGUUACCUCUUCUCCAAUAUAAAAGAAGGCGGCAUAAUGACUCAGGUGCCAACCGUGCAAAUGGCUUUGAGCAUUCAACUAGGACAACUCAGGACCACUGCUCAUCGACAAUGACAGCAGCAGCAACAGAGACAUCAUCAGCAACAACAGUUGCAAUCUCUGCAUUGCUGGAAUUCUCCCUAAUGGAAUCCAUUGAACCCAAGCAGAAUCUUCAUUUUCCUCCACCCACCUAUGAUGCUGCUAAUCUUGGUUCACCAGUGCCUCCCAGCUGUAUGAACCUCAUCAACCAGCUGCAGAAUGAGAUCCACAAGAUCUCUGUUGAGAGGGAGACAAUGAAGCUUGAGAUGUUGAGCGCUCAAGCCAUGAUUAACAUCCUCCAAUCAAGAAUCGAAUUCUUUAGCAGGGAAAAUGAAGAGUUGAAGAGGAACAUCCAAAAGCAAAACCUAUAACAAGGAUAGCAGUAGGUAGUCCUGUUGUGGUUUACAUUUGCGGCCUGUAGGAUUAGGAUAUCGUGUCUGUUUAUGAAACAAUGUUUGUUUCUGUAGGAUUAAGUUUUUGCUGAUUAUUGCCUGUGUUGUUGUAGGAAAUAUCAAACUGGCAACUGUUAUUGUCCCCUGUAUUCCUUUAUAUAUCAUGUUAUGGGAAGGGGUUGUUCCGGACCUUCCGGUGCUCUUU